CCGUUAGAGCUGCGCGCCGCCGCCGCCGCCAUGGACGCUGCGAAGCCGGACCCCGGGCAGGCGGUGGGUGGGGAGGCCGGGUCCGAGUGGAGCAUCCCGCCCAACGCCCCCGCCUGCAUGGAGCGGCACCUGGACGGGGCCCACUACCGGGCAGAUGGUGCCUUGCUCCUGGGAGCAUCCAGCUUAAGUGGACGGUGCUGGGUUGGUUCCAUUUGGGUAUUCAAGGACCCAUCAAAAGCUCCUAAUGAAGGCUUUUGCUCAGCAGGGGUUCAAACUGAAGCAGGCAUAGCAGAUCUGAAAUGGCUGGAUGAUAAAGGCAUCUUGGUAGCUUCUGAUUCAGGUGCUCUGGAACUUUGGGAGCUGGAUGAGAACGAGACCCUGAUAGUGAACAAAUUUUGUAAGUACGAGCACGACGACAUUGUGACGACAGUGAGUGUCUUCGCCAACAACAAACAUGCUGUCAGUGGCAGCAAAGACUUCAGUGUGAAGAUCUGGGACGUCCCUCAGGAAACAGUGCUGAAUUCCUACAGAGCUCAUUCUGGCCAAGUGACAUGUGUUGCGUCCUGCCCUGGAAAGGAUACAGUGUUCUUGUCCUGCGCUGAGGAUAGCAGGAUUUUACUCUGGGAUACCAGGUCUCCAAAACCAGCAACUCGCAUUGUCUGCACUGCCUCUAGUAAUCUUUCUACCUCACUGGUGUGGCAUCCACAUCAAAAUGACACUUUUGUUUUGGGUGACGAAAAUGGAACUGUUGUCUUUGUAGACACAAAGAAACCAGACUCUGCGCGCAGCACAGUUGUGCACUCUCGAAAUAUUACUGGAUUUGCUUUUUCUGCACAUAGUUCAUCCCUUCUGGCUUCCAUCAGUGAAGACUGCUCUGUAGUUGUCCUUGAUUCCAGCUUUUCAGAAGUUUUCAGAAACCGCUCCCAUCGAGACUUCGUGAAAGGGUUGUCGUGGUCGCCAUCAGACAAAGGCUCCCUAACGACAGUUGGAUGGGACCACCAAGUUCUACAUCACGUAAUCCCAACACAGAAUAGCCACCCUUCUGCAAAUAAUGACAUCACUGCAUAG